GUGGGGGAUGUGGCAUGUCGCGGUGCUGCUGGGGUGUAGCUCAUUCCUGAUGCCGCUGUUUGUCGCUGAGUUUUGAAGAGAUUUAUUGGCUGGCUCCUGCUAAACCACGCUUGAGUAAUCCGAGCUGCUGCGCGCCGUGGUGAAGCCCGGAGGGGGGGAACGUCACUCCCUCUGGCAGCGGAGCAACAUUAGUCUUCCAGCCCUCAAACCACCACUACAGCGUCGGAAACUGCCGGGUCACAGCCAUUUGCUUUGGAAAAUUGGCGAUGUUUGGUGCUAGAGAUCGAUUACCCUUGUAAUCUUCCCCCCCCGCCACCUCCUCCUGCUUACCCCACCCCUACCCGCCCCAGACAAUAGCGUCCGAGCUCCUCAAGGAAAAAAAAAUAUAGAAAAGAAAGCAAGGAGAGAAAGAAAGAAAGAAAAAGAAAGAAACUGGGGAAUGGAUCUGACUCCAAUAAGAAAAGCGUGUCUCUAGAAGUGGUGCUAAUGGGAAGAGAUUUCCGAUCUCCAGAGGACGAUGAUUUGUCACAAAGGGUAGCUGGCUCGGUGCUUUGGGCUGGAGCCGUGUAGGAGAUCCUUGGAGAAGUCAUUGUGCACAGAAAACCGAAGACCUGUACAAACAUGCCUGUUCGCAGAGGUCAUGUGGCACCACAAAAUACAUUUUUGGGUACAAUCAUUCGAAAAUUUGAAGGGCAAAAUAAAAAAUUCAUCAUUGCUAAUGCUAGAGUGCAGAAUUGUGCUAUCAUCUACUGCAAUGAUGGGUUCUGUGAGAUGACUGGGUUCUCCAGGCCAGAUGUCAUGCAGAAACCUUGCACCUGUGAUUUUCUUCAUGGGCCAGAGACCAAAAGACAUCAUAUUGCCCAAAUUGCUCAAGCACUUCUGGGGUCAGAGGAGAGGAAAGUAGAAGUCACCUAUUAUCACAAAGAUGGAUCUACCUUCAUUUGCAACACCCACAUAAUUCCAGUGAAAAAUCAAGAAGGAGUAGCAAUGAUGUUUAUUAUUAACUUUGAGUACGUAACAGAUGAAGAGAAUGUGGCAUCUCCAGAGAAGUCCAAGCCUAUAUUACCAUCUAAACUUGUAAAUCAUGGUAACAACCUUUCAAGUGGCUCUUCUUCAGGCAGACUUUUUGGGUUCCGGUUACCUGGAUUGAGACUUUUGACAUACAGAAAGCAGUCUUUGCCACAAGAAGACCCUGAUGCAGUGAUAAUUGAUUCUUCUAAGCACAGUGAUGACUCAGUGGCAAUGAAGCACUUUAAAUCACCUACAAAAGAAAGCUGUAGUCCUUCAGAAGUGGAUGAUACAAAAGCACUGAUUCAACCCAGUAAAUGUUCACCUUUGGUUAAUAUAUCAGGACCUCUUGACCAUUCAUCACCUAAACAGCAAUGGGACAGACUUUACCCUGACAUGAUACAGACAAGCAAUCCACUAACCCACUCCAGAUCAAAGGAAAGCAUUUGUAGUAUACGGAGAGCAUCUUCAGUACAUGACAUAGAAGGCUUUACUGUCCAUCCCAAGAACAUUUUUAGGGACCGUCACGCAAGUGAAGUUUCACGUUCCUGGAUGGCAGGGGGGCCUUUCAAUCAUAUCAAGUCCAGUCUGUUGGGAUCCACAUCAGAUUCAAAUCUCAACAAAUACAGUACAAUCAACAAAAUUCCUCAACUCACACUGAACUUUUCAGAUAUCAAAAGUGAAAAAAAAUCUUCAUCUCCUCCUUCUUCAGAGAAAGCAAUUAUUGCACCUAAGGUGAAAGACCGAACGCACAACGUAACAGAGAAGGUUACCCAGGUUCUAUCCUUAGGGGCUGAUGUUCUACCAGAAUAUAAACUCCAGACACCUCGCAUCAACAAGUUUACUAUAUUGCACUAUAGUCCUUUCAAAGCCGUCUGGGACUGGCUCAUUUUGUUGCUGGUGAUAUACACGGCCAUUUUCACCCCUUACUCUGCUGCCUUCCUUCUGAAUGAUAGUGAGGAUCGGAAGAGGAGAGAGUGUGGAUAUUCCUGCAGCCCACUGAAUGUUGUAGAUUUAAUUGUGGAUAUUAUGUUUAUCAUUGACAUUCUAAUAAACUUCAGAACAACAUAUGUAAACCAGAAUGAAGAAGUGGUAAGUGACCCAGCAAAAAUAGCAAUUCACUACUUCAAAGGCUGGUUCCUAAUUGACAUGGUUGCUGCAAUACCUUUUGACCUGCUGAUUUUUGGCUCUGGCUCUGAAGAGACAACUACAUUAAUAGGUCUUCUGAAGACAGCUAGACUGCUGCGUUUGGUGAGGGUAGCACGGAAAUUGGACAGAUAUUCCGAAUAUGGUGCUGCAGUUCUGAUGCUCCUCAUGUGCAUAUUUGCACUAAUUGCACACUGGCUUGCUUGCAUUUGGUAUGCAAUUGGAAAUGUAGAAAGACCUUACUUGGCUCACAAGAUUGGCUGGUUGGAUUCUUUAGGAGAACAACUAGGAAAGCAUUAUAAUAAAAGUGAUGCAAGCUCUGGACCAUCCAUCAAGGACAAAUAUGUUACAGCACUUUAUUUUACCUUCAGCAGUCUGACAAGUGUAGGUUUUGGAAAUGUGUCUCCAAACACCAACUCAGAGAAAAUCUUUUCCAUCUGUGUCAUGUUGAUUGGCUCAUUAAUGUACGCUAGCAUUUUUGGAAAUGUAUCUGCAAUAAUCCAAAGACUCUACUCGGGAACUGCACGGUAUCACAUGCAGAUGCUGCGAGUGAAGGAGUUUAUACGCUUCCAUCAAAUCCCAAACCCUCUGAGGCAGCGACUUGAGGAAUACUUCCAGCACGCAUGGACAUACACCAAUGGCAUUGACAUGAACAUGGUCCUGAAGGGGUUUCCAGAAUGCUUACAAGCUGACAUUUGUCUGCACCUCAACCAAAAUUUGCUUCAGAAUUGCAAAGCUUUCCGGGGGGCCAGUAAAGGCUGUCUUCGAGCAUUGGCUAUGAAAUUUAAGACAACACACGCACCUCCUGGAGACACUUUAGUGCACUGUGGAGAUGUUCUCACUGCUCUUUACUUUGUGUCAAGAGGCUCUAUUGAAAUCCUUAAGAGUGACAUUGUUGUAGCCAUUCUUGGGAAAAAUGACAUUUUUGGAGAAAUGGUACAUCUUUACGCAAAACCAGGAAAGUCAAAUGCAGAUGUGAGAGCUUUAACUUACUGUGACUUACAUAAGAUCCAGAGAGAAGAUCUACUAGAAGUUUUGGAUAUGUACCCUGAAUUUUCUGAUCUCUUUCUCACCAAUCUAGAACUGACCUUUAAUCUGAGAGAUGAAACUGCAAAGUCUGACCUCGUAAUAAGAUCACAAACUACUAAUGAUACAGAUGGAGAUAACUGCAAACUACGAAGACGGAAAUUGUCCUUCCAAAGUGAAAUAGAGAAAGAUUAUUUCAAAGAGAAUGAUCAGAGUGAUCCUGAACCCUCAGGAGACACCAGCAGAUACUAUCAAUCUAUUAAGAAACAUUUUGAGGAGAAAAAAAGUGGGUCAUCAUCUUUUGUGUCCUCCAUUGAAGAUGAGCAAAAGCCCCUGUUCUCUGGGAUAGCUGACUACCCAUCUGUAACAGAGAAAACCACAGAGAUGGACUUUGAAGAAAUGGAUAAUGACACAGAAGAAAUUCUUAUUGACAAAAGAAGCAAUUCUUGCAAAGAUAUCACUGAUAAAAGAAACUGGGAGCAGGAGAACAUCCAGGAGUACCAGGACUCCCCAGUUCAACCAGCAUUACCCCAUGUUACAUGGGGGAUCUGUGAAACUGAAAGUGAUUUUAUAUAUGGGGAAGUGGAGAACCGAUUAGAUUUACUUCAAGAACAACUCAACAGGCUUGAAUCCCAAAUGACUGCUGAUAUCCAAACCAUCCUGCAGCUUCUGCAAAGGCAGUCAGCACUCAUUCCACCUGCCUAUAGCAUGGUGACUGCAGGUGCAGAGUAUCAACAGCCAACAGUUCGGGUGAUACAAAAGCUUCAGCCUUCAGCAUCCAUUAAAACAGACAGAAGUUUCAGUCCUUCAUCUCAGUGCCCUGAACUUCUAGAUGUUGAAAAAUCGAAACUUAAAUCCAAAGAAUCUCUCUCAAGUGGAGUGCAUCUGAACACAGCCUCAGAAGACAACCUGGCUUCUUUUUUAGACCAAGAACAUGACCAGUCUGUAGAGCGGCCCCCACAGCAUUGUAAACCUUGUCUCCCACCAAUUAGGCACCCUUCCUUGCCAGAAUCUUCACUAAGCACUGUAGGAAUCUUGAGUCUUCAUAGGCAUGUUUCUGAUCCUGGUCUUCCUGGGAAAUAGUACUUUUAUACUAUUACUUCACAUAAAAAUGUAAGUGCUUUUAAUGGCU